AUGACCCGCGCCCAGCAGACCAUCUCUCUCGCGCUCCUCGUGAGCUCGCUCUACCUCGCGCUUUAUCUCCAGCUCAUUCCCAUUCCCGCCGUAAUUCAGACCGAAAUCGUCCCCGUCUUGCCCUUCUGGGCUCUCAUCUCUUUCGGAUCCUACCUCCUCGCCCGUCUCGGAUACAACGUCAUGACCUUCAACGACGUGCCCGAGGCCCACAAGGAGCUGAUGGCGGAAAUUGACGAGGCCGUCGUCGACCUGCGGAAGCUUGGCGUCGACGUUGACUAA